AUGCAGGACCGGCUUCAGCUACAAAUGCAGGAGUGGUUAGACAAGAUGAAGCAAGAAAUGUCUGAGAAGAUGCGGGAAUCUCAAGAGGAUAUAGUGGCAAAGCUAACCCGACUGAUAACUAAGGGAGUGGUUGAGAAGGAAAGAGUGAAGGAGGAGUUACCGAGACAGUUGGAAGAGAGAUGCAAGUGGCUUGAGGAGAAGUUCAAGGCGAUGGAAGUUACUGAAAGCUAUCGAGGCAUUGACGCAAAAGAGCUGAGUUUAGUGCCAAAUCUUGUUCUCCCUCAUAAGUUUAAGAUGCCUGAAUUCGAGAAGUACAAUGGGACGACUUGCCCAGAGGCUCAUAUCACCAUGAGUGGGAAGAUCGAUGCUGGAGAAGGUAACAGAAGAUCAGCUUCGAAGAGGAAGGAAAACGAGGUGAACAACGCGAGCAUGUACAACAAGGGGUACUCGAAGUCAGUAACAGUGAGUCGGCCAGGAAAGGCGGCUGCCAAUCAGCAAAGCUCGUCGAGACAGGAGGUCGGUACAAGGCGAAAUACGGAGAGGCCCCAAUUCACACCAAUUCUUAUGUCGUACAGGGAAUUAUACCGAAACUUAUUCGACGCACAUGUAUUUUCCCCUUUCUAUCUGAAGCCCUUACAGCCCCCGUACCCCAAAUGGUACGACGCAAAUGCACAGUGCGACUAUCAUGCGGGAAUCACGGGGCAUUCCAUAGAAAAUUGUACUGCCUUCAAGAAGUUGGUUGAAAGGCUCAUUGGUAUGGGUGUCGUUAAAUUUGAUGAAGCCACCAAAGCAGAAAAUCCAUUACCAAACCAUACUGACAGUGGAAUAAACAUGAUGGGCGAGGACAGAAAAGUCAAGGCAGACAUUGCGGACGUGAAGACUCCUUUGAGAUGGGUCUGGAAAGAGAUGGUGAAAAGGGGGCUAAUUACUUCAGAAGAAAGCUGUGAGAAGAGUGGGAACUACUGUGAGUUCCACUGUGAAAUGGGGCAUGAAAGCCAAGAGUGUACAGAGUUCAGAGCCGUGGUACAGGGUAUGAUGGAUAAUAAGGAGAUGGAAUUUUGUGAAGGAAUUCAGAAGGAGAAUCAUGUAUGUACGUCAGAGUUGGCAUUGGGAGUUCCAAAGGCUAACCAUCCUGUGGCCAUCAUCUCACGACCUAAGAAUAGUGAGGUUGGAGUGCGAGUAGCACCAAAGGAUGCAAUUAAUAAAGAGGACCAUGAUGAAGAAGGGCAUGACGAACAGGUGAAGGCUCGAGUAGAGCCAAUAAGAAAAGAAACUUCGGAUGGAAAGAAGAAGAAGACAGUCGAACCUGAAUUGUUUGUCAAUGAACCAAUCAAGGAGGAGGAAGCUAGAGAGUUCUUGAAGUUCAUAAAGCAUAGCGAGUACAGCGUUGUGGAACAGCUACACAAACAACCAGCUCGCAUAUCUGUGCUAGCUUUACUCCUGAACUCGGAGGGACAUCGAAAUGCACUGCUGAAGGUGCUAAAUGAAACUUAUGUGGCCGACGAUAUCUCUGUUAACAAGUUGGAUCGACUGGUCGGCAAUAUAAGCGCUGAUAACUUCAUCUCUUUCAGCGAUGACGAAAUACCACCUGGGGGUAUGGGAUCUACUAGAGCUUUACACAUCACUGCAAGGUGUAAAUGGUGCAUAUUACCGGGGGUUCUGGUAGACAAUGGAUCGGCAUUAAAUGUAUUGCCCCUAUCCACGCUCAACAGGCUACCUGUGGAUAGUUCGCAUAUGAAGUCGUGUCAGAACGUGGUUCGAGCAUUCGAUGGUACUGAGAGGAGGGUCAUGGGAAGAAUUGACAUUCCCUUGUUAAUUGGCCCAACUAUUUAUGAGGUGGACUUCUUAGUUAUGGACAUCAAGCCUUCUUACAGUUACCUAUUAGGAAGGCCAUGGAUUCAUUCAGCAGGUACGGUACCGUCAUCGUUACAUCAAAAACUGAAGCUGGUGUCAGAAGGCAGGGUUGUGACGAUAGAUGCCGAAGAAGAUAUCAUUGCAUCUGUGACCAAUGAUGCGCCUUAUCUAGAAACGAGCGAUGAUGCAAUUGAAUGCUCUUUCCGUUCCUUGGAGUUCAUAAAUGCAACAUUCAUCCGCGAGGGAAACAAGAUCCUGAUGCCGAGAAUAUCCAGGACCACAGAGAUGGGUCUGCAGUUGACUGUUGGAAAAGGAGCUUUGUCGAGAAGAGGAUUGGGGAGAUAUCUUCAGGGCCGAGUUGAGGCUCCAGUGUUGAAAGACAAGCAGGACCAUUUUGGCUUAGGAUACAAGCCAGAUGCUAGGCAGAAGAGGAUAGAGCAGGAAAAGAAGCGAGUGAGGAGAAAGGCUCGUUUGACAGGUGGUGAAGUUGAAUGGGAACCCAUGACCUUUCCUCACCUAUCCAAGACUUUUGUAUCAGGAGGAUUUGUCCAUCCAGGAAUGCUAGGGGUCAGAAGUAUUAACACGGAGCUAGGGAGUAUUCAUGCCGUGUAUGAAGAAGCGACGCGAGGAAGAGCUUUGCCAGAUAUUCGUCCUUACGAGUCGGAAAGGGAGCUAAACAACUGGACUGCAGAAGAAAUACCUGUAGUAUUUAGGAUUUCCUCAGAGUCCCACGAUAUCAAUGAUGCGAAUGUCACUCUUACAAAUUUAGAGUCUCCUUUUGAACGAAGCAUGUGUUUAGAGGAAUCGCAUGAUUUUGAAGACAACGAAGACUGUGGUUUGUCUCCUGACUUGUUGAAGAUGGUAGAAAGGGCCGAGAAGCAAAUCCUACCUUACAGGGAAUCAAUAGAAAUUAUGAGCUUAGAGGAGGGUAAAGAGGUGAAGAUCGGAUCAGAUAUCUCUGCAAAGACAAGACAAGACCUCAUCGAAUUACUCCGAGAAUUUAAGGACGUGUUUCCAUGGUCAUACCAGGAUAUGCCGGGGUUGAGUACCGACAUGGUAGUCCAUCGUCUCCCUAUAAGAGAAGAUUGCAAGCCAGUACAGCAAAAACUCAGAAGGAUGAGGCCUGAUAUCGUGUUGAAGAUAAAGGAGGAGGUCCAAAAGUAG